AUGUGGAUUGCGACACCACCUACCAGCGGUAGUAGUUGGGUGAGACGACGAAGAUGGUUUCGUGUAAUGAAACGUAGAUCUGACUCUAUGGAGGCUGGUGUAAAUUUUUCACUACUCCAACCAAUUAAAAGUUAUGAUGAUCCUACUGAUUAUUUGAAAAGAGCAGCAGAUAUUAUUAAUAAAGAAAUUGGCAAAGGCAAGGCUGUUAAUUUACAGGACGAAUUAACUCGGUAUCAAGACGCAAUUAAGAUUUUGAUGAAUGGCAUAAACUCUGACACGAAUAUGCAGCGAAGACAAGAAGCCUCUUCAUUAGCACAAACAUUUCUCAAACACGCAGAAUUUCUUGAAAAUAAACUUGGAGAUGCUCGAUCUUCAGAUGAAUCAACGAGUCCGACAUCAAAAGAUUUAUCAAACAUAAGUAGAUCAAAUAGUGGCAUUGCAAAUCAACUGAAUAAUUUUCGCUCAGAUUCAACUACAAGUCUUAGUAGUUUUCAAACUGUUGAUGAUCCCUCAUGGACUACAUCAAGUUCAAAUUUGGAUGCACGCAGUUCAUCAAUCUUCUCGGGGUCAACGUUAUUACAAUCGACAGGCGUUGUGACAGGUAUCAGUAAAUUGAAUGCGUCUGCGACUCCAACAUCUAAUCCUGGUUAUACCUGGGAACAAGAUGAGGAUGUUCAGGAUUGUCGUCGAUGCCACAAGAAAUUUGGCCUGUUGAAUAGAAGACAUCACUGCAGAAAAUGCGGCCAAGUCGUAUGUGAUGGAUGUUCUACAGCACGUGUGGAAUUAUCUCCCGCACAACUUAUAUUUGAUCCAUCCGGAAAGGCUGACUUAAAUCCAAACCAAUCUUCAAAACUCCAUCGAGUCUGCGAUUCAUGUAAAAAUUCAUUAGGAUACUCGGGACAAAGAUCUAAUAGUUUAACUGCGUCGAUUACCUCGGGCGUUUCAUUUAUGCAUAAUCAUCAGAGGCGACCAAGUACUAGCUCAAUGAGCCACUGCCCGGCUUGCUCUGAGCCGCUGAGUAAUUUUCCUGGUGGCCAAGACGAGCAUAUUCGGACGUGUUUUGAAAAUAAUAGAAAUGGAAAUAACGUUAACGGUUUCAAAUAUGUGGGUGAGCAAGCCACUUUUUGUGCUUAA